CCAGCACGCAAUAAACCCCCACAAAACCCACGAAAAGCACACCCAGAUCCAUACGCCCGCCGCCCCCAAACCGAAUCCCCUCCUCGCUAGGGUUUUGCCCCAGCGCCGCCCCGCUCCCCAAAUCCCCCCGCACACCCGAAAGGCGACAUGGCCGGCGGUCCUGCGGCGGUGUCGUUCCUGACCAACAUCGCGAAGGCUGCGGCAGGGCUCGGCGCCGCGGCCUCCCUCCUCUCCGCGUCGCUCUACACCGUCGACGGCGGCGAGCGCGCCGUCAUCUUCGACCGGUUCCGCGGGGUGCUGCCGGAGACCGUCACCGAGGGCACCCACUUCCUCGUGCCGUGGCUCCAGAAGCCCUACAUCUUCGACAUCCGCACGCGGCCGCACAACUUCUCCUCCAACUCAGGCACCAAGGACCUCCAGAUGGUCAACCUCACGCUCCGCCUCCUCUCCCGCCCCGACGUCGACCACCUCCCCACCAUCUUCACCUCCCUCGGCCUAGAGUACGAUGACAAGGUGCUCCCUUCCAUCGGCAACGAGGUGCUCAAGGCCGUCGUCGCCCAGUUCAACGCCGACCAGCUCCUCACCGAUCGCCCCCACGUCUCCGCCCUUGUCCGCGACGCGCUCAUCCGCCGCGCUCGCGAGUUCAACAUCAUCCUCGACGACGUCGCCAUCACCCACCUCUCCUACGGUAUCGAGUUCUCGCAGGCAGUUGAGAAGAAGCAGGUCGCGCAGCAGGAGGCUGAGCGCUCCAAGUUCCUCGUCGCCAAGGCGGAGCAGGAGAGGCGCGCGGCAAUCGUGCGCGCCGAGGGAGAGAGCGAGUCCGCUCGGCUCAUCUCAGAGGCCACGGCGAUAGCUGGGACAGGGCUGAUCGAGCUGAGGAGGAUCGAGGCGGCCAGGGAGAUUGCUGCAGAGCUGGCCCGCUCGCCGAAUGUUGCAUACAUUCCUUCUGGGGACAACGGUCGGAUGCUGCUCGGUCUUAAUGCCGCCGGAUUUGGCCGGUGAUUUACCUUUCUGUUUUACGUAUUUAGUUGCUUAAGCAUCCGUCUCUGUUAUGCAUGACUGAAGUGGUGGUACGGAGAACAAUGAUAUGUGCUACUUUUGCUUUGUGUUAAGUUUUGAUGUCUUGCCACUAAAUGUGUUAGUCUUGCGGUCCAAAUAAGAUCUGGGUCUGGACAUAUUUACGAUUUGUUGGGUUAAUGCGACCAGCUGUUGUUGUUGA